AUUACAAAGAGACAGUACAAGUCGCUCGAUGAAUUUGGGGCGGAUUGUGAUCAGAUGUUUUUAAACGCCCAAACCUAUAACUUGAAGGAGUCUCUCGUAUACCAGGAUUCGCAGACAUUGCAGGAAUUGGUUAAAAAAAGAGUCGCGGAAUUCAAAGCAACUAUCAAACCAAAAUCAACAAUUGUCAUUCAGACUGGGAAAAACAAUGAACUCGCGAAAAAGCUUUUUAAGGCAAUAGAAUCAGACGACGUGGACGGGGCAAGAAAUUUUCUUCAAGACAAUCCCGACUUUGAUGUUAAUGCUCUGUGGGAUACAGAAUACAACGGGGACAAAUUUACAUGGACUCCUUUACAUUGUGCAUCUUAUUACGGUCGCAUGCAGAUCUUGGGUUUACUGAUGAAUAGGGAUGCCAACGUAGACGUACAAGACACUUGGUAUGGAGCUACUGCUUUAGCUUGGGCCACAUAUGGAGGUAAUGUCGAAUUGGCACGGUUGUUGGUUGAAGUGUAUGGAGCAAAUCCAAAGGCCAAAAAUAUGUACGGCCAGACAGCACUUGAUUUGGCUGAACACUCGUCACAUCCGCAAUGGGAUUUUCUUCGUGAUCCGCAAGAAAUAGCGAGAAAUUAUCUUGUUUACGGAACAUCGCUUUCAACCGCACCUGAUUCACUAAGCACACCAACUUCUUCUGAUGGAGAGAGACUGAGACAGCCAUUACUGCCUGAAAAUUUCAUCACUAAUCCUACAUCAAUUGAAGAUGAGGCCGAGCGGUCAAAGUACUGUAAAGCCGUGGCUGUAAAGCGAAUGGAACGUAUUCUUGAUGCGAUAGAAAGUUCAAAGGACGCAAAUGGGCAGCUGUUGUGUGAGCCGUUCAUGGAGUUACCUGAUAAAAACGCUUGUCCGGAAUACUAUUCUGCAGUCGAAUAUGCAGAUACUCUUCCCCGAAUAAGAGAACGUUUACUCACGUACACAUCGGUGCUAGAUUUCGUAUCAGAUGUCGAAAAGGUCUUUAAUAAUGGAAUAAAAGUCAACAGAAUUAUACCAGGAGCCGAAACCAGUGCAAGAGCUUUAAAGGUCAUAUUUGAAUGCUACAAACGAUCGUUAGUUGAAUUCGAAAAGGAAUAUUUGUAUCCUGGCAAACCACAGAUCGAUGUUCCAGCUGAUUUCGAUGACUUUAAUGUAAUUCGAUGGUCAGGUGAUACAUAUUACCGAGGCGAUUUUGUUUACAUUGGCAAUGACGGCGAUAUCCUCCUGAUACAAACAAUAUACAGAACGGAAGGUAACAAUUGGCCUUUUAGCAACACGUUUAUAUAUGGACGCAUCUUCAAGCAGCCACAUCAGGUGCCAGUACCUGAAGACUACGAGUUGUGUAAGCAAGAAGUGUUCAUGAUGCAGAAUUGUGAAGAGUGUCCGAUUGAAUAUAUCACUGGCAAAUGCUAUAUAAUGAGCAGGGCGGAUUACGUAAACUUGCAUCCGCGAGGAUUUACGGCAGAAAAUGUUUACGUCUGUCGACGAAUCUACACGAAAAUAAGGAAGCAAGUCGAAUUCAAAAGACUCGAAUUACCCUGGCUGGAAAUCAUCCGGUUCACUCCCCAUGUGUCGGUGAAAUUGGACACUCAUUUCAAAAAACUUCGCACAGUCAGAUCGAGAUCUUCGAGCGUGAAACGAGAAGUGUCCAUAGACGAACAUCCCGUAUACAGGACGAAACUGGUUCCUCCUGAAUACCCUCCGCUCGAAAUAUAUAGGGCCCGAAGGAUGAAAUCAGGAUCGUCCGUAAAUGCUCCGCAGACUUUAAUUAAACUCAAACUAGGUGGGCAUAGGGAUAUAUCACCGACACCAAAAGUCACAAGAGCCAGUGAGAGAGCGCGAGUAGCGGCUCAACAGCAACAAUUAGAGAACAUCGAAAUGAGCAGGAACGUUUCGAGUGAACUUGGAAUGAAAAGUACUGCAUCUCAAUUAAGAAACGUUGACUUGGUUAUGCCGUCGCCUUUUCUUCAGCAACCGCUAUUUCUUUCGACCGGUUUGCCAAGCAGUUUGUCCUUGUUGUCGCAGAAAGAAACCCCAUUAUUACAAGGCAUAGGCAUCGAGACACUUACUCGCUCAAAGGCAAUGUCUCUCGAUACUGUACACUUUCAUCACAGCAUGUACUUUACAAAAGACGUUGACCAACUCACCAUAAUUCCAAUCCUCGCCACACCUCUCCUUCUGCCGUCACCCAAACCCGUGAGCAUAGCUCUUCGCAUUUGUGGAGAGAUAUUACGACCUUCUGGCGCUGUUCAUUACCCCAAUGCACCGACAAUAGGACACACAAAGUUUGAUGUUGUUCUGCGUUCGGGCUUGAAUCCGAUCGAAAUACAAGUAAAAGGACCUACUCUGUUGGCUGGACAGUAUCCAAUGAUGGGUCAUAUGGCUACACAAGAUUACACGAUCUUUGCGUAUCGUCAAUAA